AGCACGACAGAUUACCAAAUUAGAGUGCAGUUGUCUUCGGCCAGAGAGAGAGCAGAGGGUGAGAGAGUGCAUUCCGGAGAAGAGCAAUAACAGCAUAAGCCCUGCAGCAUAUACACUGGAAAAAAUUAGCAGAAGAACUUCGCAUCACUUUGUGUACCGAAAACAGAGACAGCAAUAUCGCCACCAACGCGAUCGUGCGUCGGUGUUUGUUUUUGGUGGUGUUGGUCGGUUGGUGAGUGGCAGCGGCGGCGGCAGCGGUAGCAGCAGCAGCACCAGCGGCAUUACUUUUUCUCAACGCCGCACGGCGUCGCCAGUCGUGUCUCAGCACCCGACAGCAGCAGACGUGUGGCAGCAGCAGCAAGUUUAGGAUUUCAAAAACCCAAACUCCAAAUCCACAAAACCAACACCAACACACUCUCUUGUACACUGAACGUAAACCGCUAGUUAAACAUCAUGAAUCCAGCCGCUCAACUGCUGCGUCUGCGCAGCGCCACCACUUUGGGCAGCGCGGCCACGCGCUCCAUUACAACAAACCGGCGUCAGCGGAAUACCAGCACCGCCAGCGCACAACAGGAGCGGACUCAGGGUGUUAGCGAGACGGACAAGUUCCUGCACUACAGUGCCGAGGAUGGCUACUACAAGACUUCGCCCUUUGACCCCAUCACCGUGCCUAAUGUGCCGCUGCACGAGUAUGUGUGGCGCGACUUCAAGAAGUGGGAACGCGAUUCAGCUGCGGUCUGUGUGAUUACCGAUCGCCAGUACACUUUCGCCCAGUUGCGAGAUGCCAGCGCCGCCUUUGCCGUACGUCUGCAGACCAAGUUCAAUCUCCAUAAGCCCGAUGUUUUGGCCAUUUGUCUGCCAAAUCUCCCUGAGUAUCCCAUUGCCACAUUGGGCGCUAUAGAGGCGGGUCUGACGGUGACCACAGUGAAUCCCGUCUACACGCCGGACGAGAUCGCCAGGCAGUUAACCUUCAGUGGGGCCAAGUUUCUGGUGGGCACGGUCUCCGGGUUUGCCACCCUAAGCAAGGCCAGCAAAUUGGUGGGCAGAAAGAUACCCAUUGCUGUGGUAAGGACCAGUACAGAGGAGUCCCUGCCAGAGGGUGCCAUUGAUUUCAAUGAGCUGACAAGCACUCAAAAUGUGCGAUAUGAAGAUUUGCAAUAUCCAAAAGAUGCCACCGCCAACGAUAUGGUCUUCCUGCCCUUCUCCUCCGGCACCACCGGUCUGCCCAAGGGUGUGAUGCUGUCCCACAACAACAUCACCAGUAACUGUGAACAGGUCCAGGCAUCUCUGCCAUUGGAACUGGUUGGUCCCCAGGAAACGCUGCCCGGCGUCUUGCCCUUCUUCCACAUCUACGGCCUGACCGUGGUGAUGCUUUCCAAACUGGGUCAGGGCUGCCGGUUGGCCACUAUGCCCUGCUUCAAGCCAGAUGACUUUAUGCGUUCCCUGGACAAGUACAAGGGCAGCAUCCUCAACCUGGUGCCGCCAAUUGCCCUCUUCAUGAUCAACCACCCCAAGAUGACGCAGGAGACGGCGCCCCAUUUAAAGGUGGUGAUGAGUGGAGCCGCCCCAAUUGGCCAGCAUGAUGUAGAGCGUUUCCUUCACAAAUUCCCCAACACCUUCUUCAAGCAAGGCUAUGGAAUGACCGAGGCCUCGCCCGUUGUGCUCCUUACCCCUCAUGGCAACAAGAACUACGCCUCUACCGGAGUAUUGCCGGGCAGCACGGAGGCCAAAAUUGUGCCAUUGGAUGGUAGUGAUGCCAAGGGCGUGGGUCCACGCACCACCGGUGAACUGUGUGUUCGCGGACCACAGGUGAUGCAGGGUUAUCUGAACAACGAGGAGGCCAAUCAGGUCACCUUCUAUCCUGGCAACUGGUUGCGCAGCGGUGACGUAGCCUUUUACGAUGAGGAUGGACUCUUCUACAUCACCGAUCGCAUGAAGGAGUUGAUCAAGGUGAAGGGCUUCCAAGUGCCGCCAGCUGAAUUGGAGGCUGUGCUGCGUGAUCAUCCGAAAAUCCUGGAAGCGGCCGUCUUUGGUAUUCCCCACGAACUCAACGGCGAAGCACCGCGGGCUAUUGUUGUGCUGCGUCAGGGAGAGAAGGCCAGUGCCGAGGAAAUCUCUCAAUAUGUGGCUGAGCGUGUCGCUCACUACAAGAAACUGGAGGGUGGAGUGGUCUUUGUGGAUGAGGUGCCCAAGAAUCCUACCGGCAAGAUCCUGCGUCGUGAGCUCAAGGAAAAGUUCUCCGACUAAGCUGGGAUCUUCAUAGGCUUAAGAUAUAUUUUUGUGAUUUUUUUUUUUUUUUGUUUUGUCUCAAUUUGAAAUGUCCCACAGAUUAAUAGAGAUCUUAAAGCUGUUCUUUGUGGUAAGGAGAAGUCUAAGAUCUAUAUUGGUCUGUGGUGACAUUCCAUGUAGAACAUGUAUCUAUGUAUAUGAUGAGCAUCAAUGUUGGGCCCCUGGAUCACACCGCUGAUCAUCGAGGCACUGGUUUUAACAUUGCAUUUACCACUUCGAAAAUACUUAGUUGUUAGGUUUAGAUAAGAUAGAUCUUGAUUAGUCGUCCGAUUGGUCCAUAGUUAGUAAGCGUAGAUUAGGCAGACGUUAGAACCCAUACGUAUCUAUAAAGUGUAAUCUAUAUGCUUGUACUCUAACCCUUUAAUUAUACUUAAAGACGCAAUCGAUAUUUUACUAUGAUAUUCCCCUAUUUACAGAUAUAUAUUAACCUUUUUUUUUGCUUAGUACCUUAAGAUAAUUGUUUGUUAAAGACAGCGGCAUGAUAAAUCCAUAACUAUAUCUAAUGCCAUGUAUGCCAAGAUGUUUGAAAAAUAAAGAUGUAAUGAACUAGUUGUUACGAUAAA